UGGACAUCGGAUCCCGGCAACCGAAAGCUAUAAUAAAAGGGAAAGUAUGUCAGUGGCUAUGGAUGCUUUCAAGUCCAUUCUGCUUUCAAUUGUACUGCUUACCUCUCCAUUGAUAUUUUCAACAGAGACACUUGACCACCCAUCAUGGACAAAGUUCUCCAAACAGGCUUAUCCAGUGGCAUGUCCGCCACCGAUGGCUUCCAUUCAUCUGAACCACCCCCCAUGCCGCCCGGCUAUGACGGCUUGAAACAUGUCCUCCCAGACUCAUUCACGCCCACAGAAGAUUCGCGGCUCACCUUAAAGGGCAAAGGUGGCAAUGACGUACAGAUCCCAGUCAUGAUCUGGGGUGCGUGGCCAUGGGGCGACACCGCCACCUUCCACUGGUCCGAUGAUGAGCUCCCUGCCGUGCGUGCCGCAUGGAAGAAGUGUAUAGAGCAGAAGCAAACGUUCAUCGACACCGCACAAGCCUACGGUGACGGCCGUAGCGAGGAGAUUGUCGGUGAUCUCGUCAACAACCACAGUCCAGGCGUACCUCGAGAAAAUAUCAUUGUCCAGACCAAGUGGUUGCCCAACGUCUCCGACGGCGCAUUGGGAAAUGUCCUGCACCCGGUCGACGCACCUUUGAAAGCACUGAAGAAAUCGCUUGCACGGAUGCACCUUGACUACGUCGACUGCUACCUGGUGCAUGGCCACGUGCACAUGUCGUCGAUUUCGCAAGUUGCCAAGGGUCUGGCACAUUGUGUCGAGGAAGGUCUGACAAAGACCGUCGGCGUUGCGAACUAUUCCGUCGAGGACAUGCUGCAAAUGAAGGACGCGUUGGCGCAGCACGGCAUUCCACUCGCGACGAACCAGUGCGAAUACUCACUGUUGCGCCGGCUGCCGGAGACCGAGGGCAUGCUGGAGACGUGCAAGGACCACGGCAUCGUGUUCCAGUCGUACUCUUCUCUUGGGCAGGGACGGCUCACGGGUAAAUAUACGAAAGAUAACCCUCCGCCAAAGACGUACAGGUUCAGUUCGUACCCUAUGGAGAAGAUCGAACCGCUUCACAAGGUGCAGAAGGAGAUUGCGGACAAGAGGGGCGUGAGUAUGUCUGCGGUGGCGCUCAAUUAUAACAUUUCGAAGGGCGCGCUGCCGGUGGUAGGCAUCAGAAAAGAGGAGCAGGCUGUUGAGAACAUGCAGUGUCUUGGAUGGAGGUUGACCAAGGAGGAGAUUGCAGAGUUGGACAAGCAUUCCUUUGAAGGGAAGAAGACCAAGCUGUGGCAGCAAGGAUAAAAGGUCGUCGAGCUGAGUAUGCCUUGACGACCAAGGACGAACUUCUCUGCUACGAGUAUGUAAUAUCGAAUAUCGAUAGCUCGGGUUGGUCACACAUUUGGUCUCGUAGAGAACCUAGAAGAGUUGUCGUAUACACGGGUGUCAGC